UUCAUGCUUUGCUUUGAUCUGGAAUGUGACAAUCCCAUCCUUGUUUUGGACCCACAGUGGGUGAUUGACGCCUUCAAGUGCGUGAUAACUGCUAUUAAGUUUGUCAGCAGACUCACCGUUACCGAAAGGACUCUUUGGAAAGAAUUUGAGAUGACAGGGAGACUGCCGGAUAAGGUUUUGAAAAUGCUGUGGGGGAAACAUCCUGAAAACAAAUUCCUAGAUCAUAUGCCUGUUCUAGUAGCAGCCAUGGAGAGACUGGGACUUCUGGUGAAGCCGCUGCCGAAUGAUAAAGAUGAAAAAGUGAACUACUACGUUGUCCCAAGCAUGUUGAAGACAGCUGGAGAUACGGAGACAGAGAUGAUGACACAGAUUUUGUUUGAAUCCACAACAGAAAAAUCGUGCACAUUGUGUGUUCAAUUUCAAAAACGGUUCAUUCCACACGCCAUUUGGGAUAAAUUCAUCGCAGCCUGUAUCCACAGAUUCCAGCCUUUUGCAGUUCAUUGUAUGCCACGUUUUGGCUACUGUUACAGAGGUUUUGUCGCCUUAUCCAUUGACCCAAUCUGGAAUAUAUUGAUACACUGUAGUGGCAAUGUGAUGAAGCUCACUCUUUUCAAAAUGAAGGAUGAUAGUCCAGUUGUACCGGGAACAGGCCAUGCUAUCCGGGUCGUGUUAGCUGAGGUCCUCCAACAGAUACUGACCAUGAACCAGCAAGGCCAUCUGGAGUUCGACUACUACCUACACUGUCACCCGAUAGUGAGGCCACGUGACGAGGCAGUAGAGGCGAAACUACUUCUUCAGACUUCACCACUGACAUGUGUACAAAUAGAUGCCGGUGUCCAGAAAACGGAACCCAUACACAGACAACACUAUGAUGUCUGGUUUCAGUCCCUUGAAGAGAAUCCUGCUCAGGAUAUACCUGGUGUGGAUUUACUCAGACGUCCGACCUACAGAGAGCUAGGCCGUAUCGCGAAGUUCAUCUACGAAGCUCAUCAUAUGUUCUUCAUAGAACUUGGACUUCGGGACGCCGAGAUCAGCCAGAUCCGACAAACUUGUGGUCAUCUGUCCUUCCGGACACAGGUGACCGAGAUCUUCCUCUCGUGGAGAAAUACCCGUCCAGAUGCUAGCUUACAGCAGAUUGUCAUGGCAAUGAACUCGCAUGGAUUGAAUAACACGGACAUGAUGACGGAACUUGAACACAUCAACGACGUUAAUCUGCUACAAGGAUCAGAGAUACCGGAGUUUCAUUUGCGAAAAAUUCCAGGACCGCAGGAAGUUGAAGUCAUCGAAACAUUUGUUAAUAAAUCGUAUUUCAACUUAUUUCUUGAACUUGGAUUGGAGCCACAUACAAUCGAAAGGUCAGAAAUGGAUCACAAACAUUCAGUGAAAACCUUGGUCAUAGAACUGUUGAAUAUCUGGAUAAAGGAAUCCGGAGACAAAGCGACACUUAACAGCGUAUUAGUGGCAAUGAAAGAGUGCCGCAUGGAUGUAUACGCUGUGGCAAUGGAACUGGCUAAAGGCUUAUUGGCCGAAAGUUUAAGGCCUUAAUAAAAGAAACGUAUAUGGUAGGGUUAUUGGCUAUAAACUCUGGUAUGAAUAGUAAACCUCGUGUCUCUAUAUAGAUUAUGCUUACUUCUAUAACAUUCUACGUAAGACCUGAAGGAAACCUGAAUGAUUCUCAGUUUCACAUUAUAAUUUCAUCGGAAUAUGUUGCAUACAUUCUGAUGAGAAACCUUACUAUAUAUUUCGCUUGCCCUUACUUUCACUAUAUAUAUAUACACUGUUUUACGCUUGUAUUACACUCAAAAGACUUGUAGGGUGAAUCAGCGUUCAAUUUUGUAUCUACGAUGCCUAUAUGAGACAAAAUUCAGUGCAGACGUUUUUGGUUUUUUUUUCACAAUUCAUCAUGAAAAUCUCCUCGCGUAUGUUUUUUUACCGAUUGAAUGAACGGAAUUUAAGACAGGUUUUGAAAUUCCGAUAAUCUUGUAGGUUUUAUUCAACAAUUUUUCAGGCAAAAAUGAUACGUCAUUUUCGGCUUUUCGUUUGAUUUCCGUAAUAGAUCAAUUGUGAAAUGCAUUUGAAUAUUUCAGCAUAUUUGAUAUGUAUGUACUGUAGUUCUUAUUGAAUGAGCAGACAAUGCAGAAAUAACUAAUACGGUCAGUUUUGGAUUAAAACAUUAGUGAUUGAUGUUCUUAAAAAAUUAAAAUAACUCUUCAUAAUGAACGUGUAAGGAUUCGCACAAUACGGAAGCCCUUCCGGAACUCUUGGACUCGUUUUCUGUGUAUAAGGAUAAUUCACCUCAAAAUGACAAUGGGCGAUAAACACGACAAAUUUCUUUUCCAAUAGUGGAAUGAAAUCAUAUGCUUUCUUAAUCCGAGAGAGUAUAUAUUAAAUAACAAAAAUAGAAAACAUCAACAUGAAU